AUGAAGGAUAAUUAAUUUUCAGAAUGCAAGUUUGAAGAUGUUUCAAAUAAAAGAUUAUUGCCUCAACCAAUUGAUCAUACAGAUAGAAGUUACUCUUUAGAAAAUGACAUGGUUUUAGGAUGGGUUCCUACAUAAUAUCAAGAAGAGAUAAUAAAUGUGUAGUUCUACAAUGAAUUGAAUGAUUAACUCAUUGAACAUUACUAAAAGAAUGAUCCAAAUAAGAUUGUUUAUUUAGGUUAUAGACCAAAUGAUGCAAUGUAAUUUCAUAAAUAAUUCUCUGCUUAAUCUAAUUAUUCAUACAAAAAUUCUAAAAAUAUUUAAUUCAAAUCAUCUCAAAAUUAAUAGUUAUUUGUAGGUAUGAAUCCAAAUAGUGAAUAUCAAAUACAAUUCAAUUCUUUAUUUGAAAGUGGGAAUUUGGAUCUAGCAAUUUAGAAAUCUGAAUUUGAAUAUGAUUUAUUUAUGAGAGUUGAUACUAAUACUAAAGGUCAUACACUUUGGUAUUUCUUUGAAGUCACUGGUUUGAAAAAAUUUGAAUAAAUAAAAUUUAACAUUUGCAAUUUUCGCAAGAAAAGAUGUUUAUAUGAAAGAGGGAUGAAACCUUACGUUUAACGAGAUUCUAAAGAUUGGUAGUAAGAGGGUGAGAAUGUAAAAUAUGGAUCUUAUAAAUGUUAAUUUAAAGAAAUUAACAAAUAAUAUUAUUGUCUAGCAUUUACGAUAAUGAAUAAAAAAAGAGAUGAUAAAAUAAAGUUAGCCUAUUGUAUCCCUUAUACUUUUACUUAAUUAAAUAAUUUUUUAAAAACAAUAAAUUUUAAGUAUAUGGAAUAAUCAUUUUUUUGUUGCUCUUUAAGUGGAGUUUAAGUGCCAAAGUUAACUUUCUCUAAAGGUAAUAUCAUAAAGAAAAAAGUAAUUAUAAUUUAAGCAAGAAUUCAUCCUGGAGAAUCAAAUUCAUCAUGGGUGAUGUAAGGUUUACUUAAAUAUUUAAGUUCAAAUGAAGCAGAAGAAUUAUUAGAUUAGUAAAUUAUUUAUAAAAAAUAAGAUUAAUAUUUGUAAUAGUUCCCAUGAUGAAUGUUGAUGGUGUAAUAUUUGGUAAUUAUAGAACUGGUUGUGCAGGAAGAGACCUGAAUAGGAAAUUUAGAGAAAACUGUAAACAAUUAUAUCCAACAGUUUAUGCAAUGAAAUAAUUGAUUUCUGAUUUAUAUUAAGUUUAUGGAGAUUAAAUUGUUGGUUUUAUAGAUAUACAUGGACAUUCAGGUAUUAUAAUUACCUUUUAUUAGAGCCAAAAAGAAUGUAUUUUUAUAUGGACCAGAAUUUUAAUUAUGGAAUUGCAACUAUUAUAAAUCAAGAUUGUUUGCUAAAAUUUUAUCUCUCAAAACUCGAAUUUUUCGUUAUUAUUCAUGUCUAUUUAGAAUAAAUAAAUGUAAAAUUAAUACUGCUAGAGCUGUAUUUUGUGAAAAAUAUGAUUUCGUUAAUUGCUUUACUCUAGAGAUAUCUAAUAGUAGUUAUUAUUAUGAUUAAAAUACAGAAAGUUUUAAUGAAUCUAAAUGGAUUUAAUUUGGUUAAAUACUUGGAGAGUCCUUCAAAGAUUUUAUUACUCAUUUUUAAGAGAUUGAUGCUCUCUUUAAUUAAAUCUAGGAUAAGAAAAUAAAGAAAGAAAUAAAAAAAAAACCUAAUUUUUAAGAAGAAAAAUAAUAAUUUAUUCUUUAAUCUAUUUGUUAAACUUCUAAAUAUUCUUAACUAUUUGAAGAAAUGAAGAAUGAAGAGCCUAAUUUAUCUUUUUCUGAGGGAGAGUCUGAUAGUGAAAGGAAAUCAGAUGAUUUAGAUGAUAAUAUUGUAAAUAAUGUAGUUUAAAGAGUAAAUAAAUAAAAAAAGAUUAAAAAGUCUAAAAAAUCUUUAAUAAAAAAUGAUUAUAGAAAAUAAUCCGUUAAAAGUGAAAAUAAUUAAACAGUAACAAGAAAUACUGUGUAUUUGAGUAAAAAAUAAUUUUUAGAAGAUUAACCAAAUAAUAUAGUCCAUUAAACAGAAAAUUAAAAUAUAUGUCGAGGAAGUACUUAUAAAAAAUAUUAAUAAAAUUAUAAAAUAAAAGGUAAUUAAGUAUUUACUUUGAACACUAAAUAAUCAAAUGAAUAUAACAAUGCAUAAACAUUUAGAACAUAAUUUAUGGGAGGAGUAUAAACAAAAAUUGAAUUAAUGAGUAAUGAUGUCAGAAAUAAAUCUCCAAUAAAAUUAAAAAGUUUAAUAUAUGAAGCUUAAUUAAAAGGUAAAUCAGAUUUAAAUUGUGAAAUUAAUGAGGAAAAUAUGGGUGAUGUAAUUUUCUCACCAUAUAUUUAAAAGCAAUUGAUGAAUUAAAAAAAUAGCACACAAUUUAAGUUUACAGGAGAUCCUUAUUCUCCAACUAAGGAUUUGAUGUUUUUAAACGAUUUGAAUAGUAAAAUUUAAAAUGAUUCUCCUUUUCAGACUGAAUAAGGUAUAAAUUAUAAAGUUAAUGUAAUCUAUCAUGGAAUAAAUAAACAUUAGAAAUAAACUCAUAAUUAUAAAUUCAAUAAAAUGUAAAAGUUCUAGUCAACUUAAAAUCCUUCAAUUAGUUUAAGAAAUACAUUACAAACAUAAAAGAUGGGAAUAACAGAAGAUAAUUAUGGAAUGAUAAUUAAGCCUAAACUUUUUUCUUCUCCUUAAAUUGAUGAACAAAUUGAUUAAACAGAGCAAUUAAAAACAUCAACGAAUUAAUAUUAAAAUUAAUCAAAUAGUUCAAAACCAUACAAGUAAUAAGUUCCAUCUUCAUUUUAUUAAAUAAAAAAACAUUGGGCCAAUACUAGGGGAACUCAAUAAUAUCUUAAUUUAAAUAAUUGA